CCGUGCUUUGCCUACAGAACACACACCUCUGUCAGUACUAUUCCCAUUCAAAACCCCCAAACUCCCCCUUCACUUCACUUGCCAUCUCUCACACACACAGCUUCUUCUUUGUAAGAACAUUCCCAAAAAAGGCAUUAGCUUCUCUCUCUCUGUUAAAAAGCAAUUUUGUUUUUCUACUUUUUGAAAAUGCCUAUUGGAAAGGAAUCGACGCCACCUCCUAAGAUCGGAAAGAUCGGACCGUACACAGUCUUUGUCACUCCUCCGGCUACCCCUAAGCCAUAUCAGCCGGUUUCCGAGUCACCCAAGAAAACAGUUUCUCCUCCACCGGUUAAAUCGCCUAAAAAAGCAGUGUCGCAGCCUCCUCCUCCUCCUCCUCCUCCAGUUCAACAGCCUCCACCGGUUCAGGCUCCGCCUCAGCAGUUUAGUAAGUCCGCUGAUGUUCGGUCUCCGUCGAUGUUCGGGUUAUUCUGGGACGCCAUUGCCAAAGUCCAAAACGCGCAUUCGAGUUUGGAUGAGCAUGUGGCGCAUUGGUUUGGGUUGAAUCAGUCAAAAUAUCAGUGGGCAUUGGAUGAUUAUUACCAAAGCAAUGGCACCGUGUGA